AUGGGGGUUAACAAGCUUCCUAAGCAGAUUCUCUCCCUGCACGAGUCCAAGAGCGAAGGGAAAAUCAUCAUCACUGAUGAAUUUCUCCAGACUCUGGAAGUUGUGUCCAACGCCUUACGAGCAACGGGCAUCGAAUUCCUCGAAUUCAACGGCCACAUGAGCUUGAAGGAGAGGGACGCUAUGCGCGAGCGAUUCAACGACCCUAAAGACAAAGUUAGGGUUAUGCUGGCGACCAUUCAGUGCUUUGGUUUGGGCCUGACCCUGGUAGAGGCUACAAAUAUGUUCAUCCUGACCCCAAGGUGGAACCCUGCCAUCAAUGCCCAGGCCGCCUCGAGGAUCAACCGGAUAGGUCAGAACCGUCAGGUAACUAUCUGGACGUUUUAUGCACACAACUCAAUUGAGCGCUACAUCGACAGAGAACGAGAGAGGAAGAAGAAGAAGAAGAAGGCUGUUCUGACCUUGGAUCAGAAGGGGGUGAGUGAGCGGUUGAGGAAGAGAGUUUGA